AUGAACUCUGCAACUUCACGCGACGAAAUUCCGGCAGAGUAUAUUUUUUUCGGCGAAAAAAUUAUGAAUGUUUCAGAUGAUGAUUAUGUAUUAGAGAAUGCACAAGAAGGAGAGAUGAUGAUGGAUGAGCUCAAAGCAAGCGGACAUUUUCCACGUGAUGAAAACCAAACUUUAUCUUCUGUAAGCGCUUUUUCUUGUAUUUCCAUUAAGCAAUACCUAACAAUGGACAACAUAAUACAAAGAAGUCUCACUAGCUACAUCAUGGACAAUGAUAUCAUUGUACCUACACAAUGGGCAAUGCCAUAG